AUGGCGACCACCACCCCAACCACGGUGACGCGACGCGCCACUCCCCGUCCCCUAUCUACGCGGAAACUCGACAUGUUGUAUCUGGCUUUCUUCAUCGUGCAUGUCCCUAUCAUGUUUUGGAUGUUUAUGACUACAGUUCCAUGUCUAUCCCACGACAACGACAACGACGACAACAACAACGCACAGCCCCUUUCGUCAGUGGUGGACCUGGCCUCGAUCCUCCCGUCCUUCCUCGUCUCGCCGCUCUCGCACACCCUUCUCGCGUACCAGCUCGAGCGGUUCCAGGACCAAUUCUUCGUCAGCCCGCCGGCUUGGUUCACGGCGUACAUGUGGAUCGAGGCCGUGUACCACGUGCCGAUCAGUCUAUGGAUGGUUUGGGGGCUCUUUAACGACCAUCCUCUGGUCCCACUCCAUCUCCUCAUCUUCUCCCUCGAAGUCGCCGUCACCACCCUCACCUGCGUCGUCGACAUCUCCUCCUGGAAAGGCUACUCGUCGGCUCAGAAGUCGGACCUGUACGGCCUCUACGUUCCUUACUUGGUACUCGCGUGCCUCAUGGGCGUCGAUGCCUUUGUCCGCGUAAAGAGACAGAUCCUGCAAAGUGGCGGUUUGGAAAAGGGCAAGGCUUUGUAA